CUCCCCCGCCGCUCGUCCUGCCCCACCAGCCGCGGCCCGCCCUCUACACCGUCCACGCCGUGGUCACCACCUCCGACCUGACCUUCGACCCCGCCGAGGUGGACUUUGGCCACUGCUCGGUGCGCGAGUCAGUCCGGACCGGCGUCCGUCUGUCCAACCGCUCCCUGCUGCCCCAGGACUACGGAUUCAUGGGCGUCCCCGAGUUCCUUGAGGUGCAGCCCAACGAUGGUUUCGGCACGCUGUUGCCCCUGGAGACGGUGGAUCUGGACCUAAUCUUCAGUGCGAGGAAGGCCAGGGAGUACAGGUUCACCUUGACCUGUAGGUCCGGAAUCAACAGGGAUUUCCCUCUGGCGUGCCGCGGCCUUGGGGUCCGGCCCCCCCUGGAGCUGUCCCACCACACGGUGCGCUUCGGGGCCACGGCCCUGGGGGACGGCGCCGUCGCCACGCUGCACCUCAGCCACCCGGGCUCCAAGGGGCCCCGGCUCUUCUCCUUCUCCCCGCCCCAGGAGGCUGAGAUCAGCGUGGUGCCCAGGGACGGCCGCCUGCUGCCUGGAGAGAAAUGCCUGCUCCAGGUGUCGUUCCAGCCCCGCCUGUCAGACCAGCAGAUCAGGGAGGAGGCGGCUCGCAUCGCCCACCGAGCCGUUCUCCUCCGCAGGCAGGAGCUGGAGAGGAGCCGGGCGGAGAAAGCACCGGGGCCCCAGGAGCUCCCAGCAGGUAAGAAUGGUAAGAAUGGGCCGCGGCCCUCAGCCAAAGCGGCUACCAGUGCUAAGACAAAAGUCAAGCAGAGUCCAAUCCCCGAACCCGAAGCCCUUGCAUCACCCAGGCCUGAAGACAUACAAGAGGGGUCUGAGGCCUACGAGGCCGGCCGGGCGGCGCUGCUCUACUCCUUCCCCGGCCGCCUGCGACGCUACGUGGUCCCGUGCUUCGUGUCGGACGGAGACCUCCCCGCGGACGACCCCCAGGCCCAGGCGGCGUGGAGUCCCCAGAAUACGCUUUUCUUGGAGCUGCAUUGUCCUGCUGUACAGCCCCCUCUAGUGGUCAUUUCAAACAACGGCCAGAACGCAAUCGACUUCCAGCAAGCGGCCUUGGGACAAAAGGUUGUCCAUAAGCUGACUAUUCAGAACAUCUCCAAGGAGUCUUUGGAUCUGAGGUCCUCCCUGCUGGACCCCGGGGGCCCCUUCCUCCUCCUCAACGCUCUGAGACGCCUCCCACCCGGAGGGAGGUUCCCGCUGCUGCUGGCCUUCUGCCCCGCCCUGGGCAAGAGGCACUGUGAGACCCUGGAGGUGAAGUGCCGGGGCAUGACCCUGGAGGUGACGCUGCGUGGGGAGGGGGUGGAGCCUCUGCUCACCUGCUGCUGCCCUGGCGGCCCCGCGGUCGGAGCCGGAUCCGGCGGUGGACCGCUGGACUUUGGCUACGUGCUGCAGAAGGAGGGCGCCGCCUCGCGGGUCCUGAAGCUGAAGAACCGUUCGUCCGUGGAGGUGUGCUACAGCGUCCUGCAGGCCAGCCUAGGGCCCCCUAGCACAGAGGACCGCCUGGCUGUCCUUCUCCAGGGGUACCCCGAAUCCCGGCCCAUCGUGGGCCCCCAGAACCACAGUGGGCUAUGUGUGUUCAGUGUGACGCCAGCAGGGGGUGCUGUCGGUGCGGGGGAGAGCCAGGACCUGACCGUCAGCUUCCAGCCGGACCACCCGUCCGUCCGCUACGCAGACAGACUGACGGUGGAGCUUUUCAACAAGACUGUAGUGUGUGAGCUGGACCUGAGGGGGGCCUGCGUCUCCAGCACCAUGUACCUCCACGGAGGAGACACUCUGGGCGGACCACCCCAAGACUACCUUCCACAGCCAGGACCCAGGAGUCCCCAACUCCCAGGUCCCAGCACCCCAGUCCUGCUGACCCUGAAGGCAGACCCCCACGCCGACCGGGGGCCCCAGCCCGCCGUCAGGGAGCUCACGGUGGGCUGCAUCCGCCAGGCCCAGCCCCUGAAGAAGAACGGAGAGUUCCACUGGGACGGUCUCACGGCCCUCCAGCAGAGAGGCUUCAGCAUCGAACCCAGCAGGGGGACAGUGGAACCGGGCCACACACGGGUCAUCACCGUCUCAUGGACUCCCCCUAGUGGACACAAGCCUUACGAAGUGGUGCAGGAGAGUGCGUCUCUCACGCUGAAGGGAGAUGAGACAGAGGUGUAUCAGGUCACCAUGCUGGCCUUGGCAUCCACAUCAGACUCCCCAGAAGCCAAUCAGGAGAGGGGUUAACCACACACUGACCAAUAGUAAGCGGCGACUUCAUCGUUUAAAUAGGACAACCAGCAUCUUCACAACCAGCCAAACCUUUAAAAAGAGAAACCACCAUUUAAAAUAAAUAAAUAAUAAUAAUCAAUAAAAAAUUUUUUACAAAGACAUGCAUAAUAUCACUGCAUGUUCAUAGCAUAUAUACAUAUAUAAUAAAUAUAUCUGUACAUAUUUUUUCCGGAAAUGUGUAAAACAAAGUCAAAUUUUCCAUGUCCAAACUACUAUGCUAAGAUAUUGUUUAAAUCUCUUUUUUCUCAGUUUUCUCUAUGAUUGCAUUGCUAGCCUUUGACAGUGAAAUAUUUGUCUAUAAGUCUCUAUGUAUAUAUCUAUGAUAAAGAUAGGAGUAAGAUGUUUUUUUAUUUUAGAAUACUUUAAUUUAUAAAGGUAUUUUCAAAAAUGUAUAUAUUUGAAAUAAAUUCCUAAAAAAAUGAUGUUGUAAAACUGGCUAGAUUAUUUACAUAAACAACUAUUUUAAUAUUUUGUAACAUAUGCUUCUUAUAGAUCUUCCUGGCUAUCAUGUGAAGACAUCGUAGGCAAUAUAUACAUUGAUUCCAUUUCUGUUUUUAUUUUUACAUAGACAUCAUUGUAGCGGCUGCUCUUCUCUGCUGGAAACUGGUGUUCAGCGUUUGUGUGUGUAUAGACCAUAUUUGACCAGCAGAUGGCGUAGUUGAGCGCAGUGAAAAUAAACUGUACAAGGAAGCUGCUGUUCUGUUCUUAAGGGUUUGUCAGCCACUGUGGAGGCUGGCGGUGCCCGUUGUGCUGCUUCUAGUGAGGUGAUUGUAUACACGUACAAAAGAGGUGAUGAAGAUUUAUUUAUGAAACGUGCCAACAUAAUAUCACCUAUAUAAUUGUGCCCAUUUACUGUGGUGGCCAGAAUCAAGUAAAAUAAGUAACUUUGAAAUAAAACAACUCGAUAUCUUCUCACUGGAAUAGUUUGAGGACCUUUCGGCCUCUAUAUUUCUUGGUUUGCAUAAGGAUCCUAGGUUCUUCCUUAACCAAUGUUGGACUAGUCAAAUGUAAUGAGUGUCUUGUUUACCUGCUCAAUGUACUCAAGAUAAACUGCAUUUUACCUUCUCAAGGAUAUUUACACAGUUCCCAUGGUCUGUGUUUGUUUUUUGAAUCAAUUAGCUAGUGUGUAGAGUGUUGAUUUAGUCAAACGCUAUACUCUUAGAACGCAGCACUUUGAUUCAUGUACAUAGAAAAAGGGUUAGGAGACAGUAUUCAUGGUUUUAAACUACUCCUCAAAAUAAAUUGAGUUAUCCCUGUCUUUCUCUUGAAGCUGCUGUAGGUAAAUUUUGAGAGUACAGAAAACAGCAAGACUUUCAACUUAAAAAAAUGUCCCCUCCCUCUCUCUCUUUUCUUUUCCAUCAUGUCUAUAUCAUAGUAAUUAGAACAACCAAAUCCACCUCUGAAGAGAUGUUCUACUCUGUUGUACACUGGCUAUCUUGAAAUAGUUAAUCUACUUUGGCUUUCUUUGAAUUAGCGGGAAGUUUAUCU